UUUAAUGUUUUUAAAGGACUAAUUUGUAAUGUUUUUGUGAUUUCCAAAUUUUUCUUGGUGUUGAUUAAUUAGAAUAAAUCAAAAUGGCUAAGGAAGUUUCAAUGUGCACGCAACUUCAACAAUGGAGCCCGGUUAAGGAGACGGCGGGUGCUCCAAGCGUGCCCCCGCAGGUUGGCUAUUGCUUUCACUCGCCCAAAAAGCAUCCAUGGAGGCCAAUAAUGGGCUACGAGGAGAUCGAGGUUACACCCAUGCCAGCCCAACCCAUAACAAACACGAUGGUAGAUCCGUGCUACACGCCCGCUGGCAUGGCGGCUGAGCCGCUGCGCUUCCCCAACCUGGUGACGGGGUUCGACCGCAGCCCCGAGCACGCCGCCCGCGCCGCUCUGUACACGCGAUACACGCAGUACGAAUGGAAUCAGAACACUAUUAAGAAUUACAACGAGUCCGAUGCUAAAAGGAACUUUUCGGAGCGUGUUCGGAAUGAUAUUAUGAGGAUGCUCAGAGAGACAGACGAAAUAGGCACACAGGGGCAAAGGGACUCGGGAAGGAGAAUUGGUGAACGCAUAACUGAUACCACGUUUUGGCGAAAUGAGGUGUCCAUAGAGAUGGAGCGCCUGGUGGCGACGUGCGAGAAGCUGAACGACACGCGGCGCCAGCUGGAGCGCGCCAUCGCCGGCAUCGAGGGGCCGCUGCACAUCGUGCAGGAGUGCCUCUACCACAGGGAGAAGAGACAGGGUUUGGAGCAGGUGCAUGACGCCGUGGAGCAGUCUCUGCUGAAGGAGGUGGCCAUUCUGCGGGAAUGCCAGGAUAAGUUUCGCAAUAUGCUUGAAAAGGUCCGCCAGCAGUCGAAGAACUGUCGCGCGACGCAGCACGAGCUGGAGAUGGACAUGCGCAACAAGGAGUACGCGCUCGGCAUAGACUCCAUGUGCCACCAGCUCAACAACUUCUCCAAGGGUCUCCAAUUCUACGCGGGCAUCGAGCGCUACGACCCGACGGUGUGCGACACGGCGCGCUGGGCGGCGGCGAGCGCGGCCACGCUCCAGCGCUCGCAGUCCGAACGCGCCAAGGCCGUGCAGAUGCUCGCCGACACCGACAACCUCAUCAACGUCGCCGCCACGCAGAUCUGGGACCAGUGGAGCAACACCAACAGCGCCUUCACCAGGCGCAUCGCGGAGACUAUCGAGAUCAAGAACAAGCUGCAACUGCAUCUGCAUAAGAUUCAGCAGGAGAUCUUCGACGUUGAGAAGACUCUUGAGCUGCUGAACAAGGCGAUCGAGGACAAGCUGCAGCCGAUGAAGGUGGCGCACACCCGCCUGCAGGCGCGCACCAAUCGACCGCACCUGGAGAAGUGUCGGGACGAAGCGCAGAACAGACUGGUGAAGGAAGUGUGCGAGCUGCAAGAGACGAUGGAGUCGCUGCGCUCGCGCAUCGCGACGGCGGAGGGCACGCACCAGACGCUGCUGGGCGUGCGCGCGGGGCUGGAGGCGGACCUGCGCAACAAGGCCACCACGCUCUUCAUCGACCGCGACCAGUGCAUGGGCCUGCGCCGCGGGUACCCCGUCACCGCCGCCAUCAAGGCUUAACCACACGCAACAAACUUCAUCAUAAUAAAAUUCUAAAUUCAGACUUGUUUCUUUCAACUCGUGCACAAUUUGGGGUAAUACAACGAAAAGACAUUAGAAGUAGAACCAACUUGUUGCCAUGUGUGUUCCGUCUCAAAAUAUGAUGAGUGAAAAAGCGAAUCAAUAUUACAAAACUAAUAAGUAAAAUUAUCUAAUUGUUUUAAAAAUAAUUUAUUACAAUAUUAUCACUGUCUAUAAAUAUUCAUUUCUGACAAUAUGAUUUAUAAUAUAUCUCAAGUCCAUUCACAUCGUCGACCAAGCAUAUUAUUAUAUGUAUAAAAUUGCGAAAAUAAUUAUUAAAAUUUUAAGUCCAUAUAAAUGAAAUAAUCUUUGUAACUACAACUAACUCUAAUUAAACUCAAACUAUUUAAAAUGUGA